AUGCCGUUCGCGCGUUAUGUGGAACCAGGGCGAGUUGCCCUGGUAGCAAACGGAUCCUUAAAAGGAAAACUUGUCAGCAUUGUUGAUGUCAUUGAUCAGACUCGUGUGUUGGUUGAUGGGCCCGGCAGCGGUGUCGCCCGUCAGAAAAUUCGGCUUAAUCAAUUACAUCUUACAAAAUUCCGCCUCAGCUACCCCUUCACAGCCCCCACACGUGUCGUAAGAAAAGCAUGGACGGACGCUAAGCUUAACGAAAAAUGGGAUGCAAGCCAAUGGGCCCAAAAGCUUGCUAACAAACAAAAGCGAGCGCAGAUGACUGACUACGACAGGUUUAAACUUACUGCAGCGAGAGUUAAGCGUAACCGUGCAAGAACAGCGGUCUUCAAAAGCCUUAAAACUAAAGCAGCACGAACUGGUGCUUUUGGAAAGAGGAAUGUUCCCAAAUCAGCUGAAAGAAAGCCCCGUACGAAGAAGGCACCUUCUGCUAAACCAGCAAAGAAGUAA